ACGGUCACGCUAGCAGCAGCAGCCCUCCCCCAUCACCGAGGAGAGAGAAGCCUGUCGCCGCGCGACCGCCCCACAUGGCCACCGCGCUCGGUGGGGGGCCCAACCCCACCGCCGACGCCAUGGAGGUCGACCCUCCGCGCGCCUCCGCCGACGAGAAGGUGAGUGCGCGCUUCACUUCAUCUCUGCGCUCGCCGGCGGGGAGGGGACUUCUGCGCUCUAGGGGCUAUGGUUGCUUGCUUGUUGCUCCCCCUCCUGCGUGUGCGUGGAUCUGCAUACGCGCCGCGGAUCUGCUAGUUGCGGCGUUCUCGGUUCCCUGGACGCGGUCCUGGUUCUCGUCUAACUGCGACAUCUGUGCUGCUGCUUCUCAUGAUUUGGGCUGCUCGCUUGCUGCUGCUUCGCUCCAAUGGCUUGCGCCCUCUUUUUUUUUUGUGCGCAUUUGGAUGCAGAUGGAUUCUCGUUGGAGACCGUUAGAGCUGCGGUAGCAUUGCUUUCGGGGGAGGGGACCUGCUGCUCGAUGCUCUCUCCUCUUCGGCCAACUUUGCGUGCGCGCCAUGCUAGCGUUCCCACUCUCGUGUUGCUUUGGAUCGUGUCCAAAGCCGGACGGAAUGUGUUCUACAAGUUGUCUGGUAGCUACAGUUUCAGUUACCCGGUUUUGAUGUUUGACUUUCAUGUGAAGUGCCAGUUGGCUUAGCUGUUACAUUUCUGUCCAAAGUUUUCCAUGGCCUUCUCAGCCUUUCGCAAUCUAGUGGUUUUCUUUGCAUUGUAAGUUUCUGACCUGUACCUUAGUUGCUUGCGUAUGGAUUCAAUGAGUCGGAAAUACUCGGUGGUUUGAAGUGCAUAUUUUAUGCUGCUCUUGGUAAUGUGGCAUCGGGUAUCCAUGUAGUGGUAUUUUGGUUUGUUCAGUCGGGGGCAACGUUAUCCUUCUGUGCUGGUGCUUGCUAAUGUUUCUGCCACAAACCUGGUGAAACAUCGGAAUGCUAAUGCCGAACAUGUCGCCACUAUUAUUGCGGGGGGAAGUGAUGCAGUGACAGGCCACAUAAUAUCGACUACGAUUGGGGGAAAGAAUGGUGAACCAAAGAGGACCAUCAGCUAUAUGGCUGAGCGAGUUGUUGGAACUGGAUCGUUUGGGGUUGUCUUCCAGGCAAAAUGCAUUGAGACUGGUGAAACCGUUGCAAUUAAGAAGGUUCUACAGGACAAAAGAUACAAGAAUAGGGAGUUACAAAUAAUGCGAUCAAUUGACCAUUGCAAUGUCAUUUCCCUGAAGCAUUGUUUCUUCUCUACCACAAGUAGGGAUGAACUUUUCCUUAACUUAGUCAUGGAGUUUGUUCCAGAGUCACUUUAUCGCGUUCUGAAACACUACAAAGACAUGAAGCAGAGGAUGCCCCUUAUAUAUGUUAAAUUGUAUAUGUACCAGAUAUUCCGGGGACUAGCUUAUAUUCAUACUGUACCAGGAAUUUGUCACCGAGAUAUUAAGCCUCAGAAUAUCUUGGUGGAUCCUCUUUCCCACCAAGUCAAGGUUUGUGACUUCGGGAGUGCUAAAAUCUUGAUUAAAGGUGAAGCUAAUAUAUCAUAUAUAUGCUCACGCUAUUAUCGUGCUCCUGAGCUCAUAUUUGGUGCAACUGAAUACACAACAUCUAUUGAUAUAUGGUCAGCUGGAUGUGUUCUUGCUGAGCUUCUUCUUAGUCAACCAUUAUUUCCUGGGGAAAGUGCUGUGGACCAGCUGGUUGAGAUUAUCAAGGUUUUGGGCACCCCAACACGAGAGGAAAUUCGUUGUAUGAAUCCCAACUAUACAGAAUUCAAGUUUCCUCAGAUAAAAGCAUGUCCAUGGCACAAGAUCUUCCACAAGAGAAUGCCUCCAGAAGCAAUAGAUCUUGUUUCCCGUCUUCUUCAGUAUUCGCCGAAUCUGCGAUGUAGCGCACUUGAGGCGUGUGCUCAUUCAUUCUUUGACGAAUUACGAGAAUCACAUGCAAGACUCCCUAAUGGACGCCCAUUUCCUCCACUAUUCAACUUUAAGCAGGAACUAGCAAACGCACCACCGGAGCUUGUCAGCAGGCUAUUACCAGAGCAUGCUCGACGGCAUUCAGGAUUCGGUUCCUUAUUUGGGAGUGGACCGUAGCCCGUAGGAAAAUCUCGUUUUAAUGUUGGGCUGCUGUACGCCGUCAGAGGGCAAUCUGCAUAUCCCAAAUCUAAGUUUUAGAACCUGACCAUCUUGUUGAGAAGUUGCCAGCCUUAGAAAAACCCGAGGUGGCCUCUUGUGUCCAUGCUCUGCCAGUAGCGGCACAUAAUGCUGGGGGGAUGGUUAGGUUUGUUAAGCACAGAGGGUAACUGACUGAGCUAAUGUAUUUUCACGUUUUAUGUCUGUAUCGAACUUGUACCUGUGUACCCUGUACCAAUCGCAGCUGAUGUAAUCAUGUAAAUGCUUCUAAACUACUUCAAGCUAUUAUGAUGGCCAAUUCGCAAUUUUACAGUA